GCCUGCAGGGAAGACUUUCCCAGGUCCUUUGGUGGAUGUUGCAGGCAAGCCCAGCUCCCAUCGCAGGGGUCCUCCGAGGCGAAAGAACAAAGCUACAGGUCACAAGAAACCCCAUGAGCCACUCAAAAUCACGGGACUAAUGGUGAAAGAAUUACUGCAAACCGAACAAGAAGUGGAUGGAGAGGCUGGGCAGAAGGCGGCGUUUCCCGAAGGAAGCAGUGGCUCCAUGACAGACUCUGCUGUAGGACUGGAGGCGAUGACAGGCACAGUCACAGGAGGUUGGGAUCAAGACAUGGAUUAUCUGGGAAAGCUGCUGGAUUAUGGCUUGAGACUCAUGGGAAAUCCUGGAGCUGAACUUGCUGGUGAAGGUGGUGCAGCUUCCCAAGCCACGUCCAGGACGGAGCCUCUGGGAGAUGGUGAGGUGAUGGACCAAACAUCUGUGCAGAAGGAGGCACAUCCUGGAGGAAGCAUAUCCUCAUGGGUAGCCCCUGCUGCAGGAAGGAAGGCGAUGCCAGACACGGGCACAGGCACAGCAGAUGCAGCCAGCACCACAACACGUGUUUGCGAUGCCCAGAAAGGCCUCAGAAGUGUCUUCCAUAUGGGAACAGGCUGCUGGGCAGGGUUAAUGGCAGGCCUGCUUCUGUUGGACCUUGUUCUCAUAUUGUGCUGUGUCAGAAUCUGGUGUAACUGGAAGAAGAAAUGGAGCACCUCUGGAACUUCACAAGACCAGCCAAAGGCCUCAGUGCGGGAGAACUGGGCCUGUCAUCAUGCAUCUCCGUGCCAGUGUCCAUUGUCCCUUCCAGAGGUGUAUUACCAGCUUAUUGCUGGAAAUAUGCUGCAGCCAGUACCUAGAACAGAACCGUCUCUCCCUGAAGGGCCUGGCGUCGCUCUCCAUCCAGGACAGGAGGUGCAGCCCUCUAGCCAGGGAAUGGAUUGUUCCAGAAGUUAUAUUUACUUGUAAAAAUUUUAAAUGUUUAUUAAAAACCUUAUUAGAAAUAUAACAGGACACUGAAUAAGGAAAAUGUUACGUCGUCGGGAGUAGAGGUUUUUUCCCACCACAUUCUCAUCCACACAAUGGAGGUUUCACCUUUUAACUCUUUUGCCCUUCUUAAAGUUCUGUCCAUCGACUCCUUCUUUGAUGCCCAGUGGUGGAGUUUACUUCCUUACAUCUCACUUGGAGGUCAGGUGCUGCUGUCGUAGCAAUUUGACCCUCUUAUAUGUCCCAAACUUAGGUAACGCCAAGAUAACACA